AUGAUCUCAUCAACUACUGCAUCAACUCAAUUAAAUGAAGGCAAGCCAUACUUAUUUUAUGGACAUGGUGCCACCAAUGCCUUGAAGAUCAAGAUCAUGUUUGAGGAGUUGGGUCUCGACUACAAGUUUGUUGAUGUUGAUAUCUUUAAUGACGCCAGCGAGUCAAAGGUCUCUUUCAAGAAGAUAUUCCCAAAUGGAAAAGUUCCAGCCAUUGUGGACUACACUGUCAGCCCACCUUUGCACAUCUUUGAGUCGGGUGCCAUCCUCCUGUACCUUGCUGCCAAGCAUGGCAGGUUCCUCCCAGAUAUCAAGUCCCAUCCAGCUCAGCAUGCCGAUGUGUUGCAAUGGCUCGCUUGGCAGAUCUCUGGCUUGGGUCCAAUGAACGGACAGUUCACCUACUUUGCAGUUUUUGCUCCAGAGGCCGUUCCCGCUGCUCAAGAACGCUACUACAAGGAGACCGACAGGUUGUACUCAGUGUUGGAUCAACAAUUGAAGGACAAGGAGUGGAUUGCUGGAGGACAGUACUCGAUCGCUGAUAUGGCCGUCUAUCCAUGGGCAGUGUAUAUCCGUGAGGGAUUGCUUCCACAUUCUGAGAAGUAUCCAAAUGUCUUGGCUUGGUUGGAUCGCAUGAACAAGAGACCUGUUGUUGCCAAAGAACUUCCAGGUAUCUUGGCUCCAUUGCCAGGUUACAUUGCCCAUCUCAAGAGCAAAGGAACUUAUCGUAUCACUCAAUAA